CUGGCGCGCCUCCCCGCGCAGGCGCCGUGGGCUGCACGCGCCGCCGCCGCCGCGGCCUGUGGAAGCGCCGCGCUCCGCUCCGGCCGCCUGCUGCCCCCGCCAUGUACCCGGCCUGGGGCUUGUACGGGGCGGCGGGGCACUACCCGCCGCCGCCCACCUCCAUCCCGCCCCCGCCGCUGCCCAUCCCGCCCCCCAGCGUGCCGCCGCCCGCCGUCCCGCCGAUGCCGCUGCCCAGCUACCCGCCGCCGGGCCCCGCGCCCGCGCCCCCCGCCGCCGGGACCGCCGCCGCCGGGCCGCCGCCGGCCGGCACCUCGGGCUUCCUCAGCCUGCAGGAGCAGCACCUGGCGCAGCUGCAGCAGCUCCAGCAGAUGCACCAGAAGCAGCUGCAGUCCGUGCUGCUGGGGCCGCCGCCGCCGCCGGGGCCGCCGCCGCCGGGGCUGCCGCCGCCGCCGCUGCCCGGCUCCUUCGCCGAGUGGCAGCAGCAGCAGCCGCCGCCGCCCGUGCCGCCGCCCGUGCGCAGCUACCAGAAGCAGUUUGCCCACCGCGAGCCGCCGCCGCCGGCCCGCAAGCCGCCCGCCGCCGCCCGGGAGCGCGAAGGCCCGGAGGCGCCGCCGGGCCACGGCGAGUGGGGCGAGCCCGUGCCCUCCUCGCCGGUGCCCAUGGACAUGGAGCUGUCGUCGCCGCCUCAGUCGCCGCCGCCCGCCGCGCAGGCCUACCUGCCCCCCGCGCAGGCCUACCUGCCGCCGCCGCAGGCCGAGCCCGCCUACCUGCCGCCCUCCCAGCCGCCGCCGGCGCCCUCGCCGCCGCUGCAGCCGCCCUACGUGCCGCGGGCGCAGGCCUCCCAGCCGCCCCCCAGCUUCUCGGAGCCGCCGCCGGCCUACCUGGAGCCGCCGCCGGCCGCCGCCGCCCAGCCCUACCUGCCGCCGGCCGCCGCCUACGCCGCGCACCCCCAGCCCUACCUGCUGCCCGCGCAGGCCUCCCCCUCGCAGCCGAAGGCGUCGCAGCCCCACUUCGCCCCGUCGCAGGCCGCCCUGCCCGCCGCCGCGCAGCAGGAGCCGCCGCCGAGCGCCGGCAAGGAGACGGGCGCCGGCGCCGACCCGCACAGCGCCCCGCAGCCCGACCCCGCCACCAUGACGCCCCAGGAACAGCAGCAAUACUGGUAUCAGCAACACCUGCUUAGCCUGCAGCAGAGGGCAAAAGCCCAUGCUCAGGGACAGCAGCAAAUGAAAGGUCCAGGGGUGGUGAAGGAUACAUCUGAUCAGAGAAAGGCUGAAGAAGGGAAAAUGAGUGCUUCAACUCAGCAGUCUGAACCUCCUCCACUUAACGAGUCCCUGCCUGCAGCUUCCAAAGAUGAUGAGUCUUCUCUUACGUCCACUGAAACUCAGCUCAAUAUUGAACCUCCUGAUGACCCUGAGGAAGAUUUGAGAUUGCAGCAGUUGCAAGCAGCAGCAGCUCAAUGGCAGCAGCAUCCCCAUCACCGAGUUGGAUUUCAGUAUCAGAGAAUAAUGCAGAAACAUGCCCAGCUGCAGCAGAUAGUACAACAGUAUCAACAGAUAAUGCAACAGCCUCCACACUUACAGACAAUGUCAGUGGACAUGCAGCUGCGACAUUAUGAGGCACAGCAGAAACAGUUCCAGCAGCUUCAUAAAGAUUGGGAGCGAUCAAUGAACCAGCAAUGGCAGCAUCAGCUUCAAACCUACCCUCACAAAGACCAGCUUCAGGAGUAUGAAAAACAAUGGAAAGCAUGGGAUGAACAGAUGAAGGUGACUCAGUCCCAUCUGCAAGAGAAAGUGAACUCACUCCAAAACCUGAAGACUCAGUAUCCUGCAAAUGUUUCACUGCCACCUCCAUUUGUUCCAUAUUCUCAAACUGCUCAAGGUGGCAUUCCUAUUAUGCCUCCGACUUUACCUUCAACUACACCUCCGCUGGUCCCCCCACCUCUCUCUUCUGGGCCUCAGUUGUCUAACUCCUCUGUCCCUUCAGGAUCCAGUUCUCAAGGCAGUCAAUCUACUGAGACACCAAGGCCAGCUCUGCUUCCCACCCCUGGUACCUAUGCAUCAAAAAUAGCUAGUUCACCUGUAUUUUCAUCUUAUCAUUCUCAAGUAAGUUCAUCUUUUGGCUCUUCAGACCAUGGAAAGUCUCAAGUUCAUCUUAGUAAACAAACUGUCUCUAUUUCAUCUGAGCAAGGAUCUGGGGAACUGAAAGCCCCUUCUGCAGUGUCUUCAGCACAUGCACCUACUAUGCAUGAUAAGCCAGUGAGAUCAGGUGGAUUGCUUCCAGAUCCUCCCAGAGGAGCACGUUUUGAAGGCCCCAGAGGUCCCAGAUUUGACGGACCUCGAGGAAGAGGAUAUGAGAAAUUUGAAGGCUCAAGACAGAGAGGGCCUCGUUUUGACUCCCAGCGCUCAGAAGGGUACAGGUCACGUUUUGACCGACAGAAUGCAGAUGGACAUUCAGGUAGAUGGGGGACUAUCCCACGAGGACCUGCAGCACAAUUUUAUACUUCCCCAAAUACAUCACAUGCACAUGGGUCCCGACCUGGUGGUCCACGGUGGAGGGGACCGAGGCCUCCUUUGGGACAGCAGCAUUCACAAGCAGACUCACGAUUGGAAAACAAAGAGCCUUUCACAGACAUAGCUGGCAAUCAGCAGACUGUGAAUAGAACUCAGUCUACUCCCGAUGGAAAAGGUGCAGGUUCUGUUGAGCCCGAUGAGGACCUGACCAACACUGAACAGGAACCAUCCAAAACUGAAGUCAAAGAAACUAUUUCAGACCCUCCUAAAAAGUGGACAUGGAGUUCACAUGAUCCUAACCAGCAAGUAGAAGAGUCCACAGCGACUACUCCACCUAUUCAGAACCAGAAACCAACAUCUCUUUCUAAUAAUCCUGUAGCUUUGCAGUCGGGUAUUACAAGAACAGGAGGAGCGGUAACCCCUGUAACAGGAAAUCAGGAUUUGAAUUCCACGGACAGUCAGUUGCUUGCUUCAGAUAGUAAUCAGGGCCUACCUGGACCAGAAAGCAGAGGGAAAGGGCCGUUUAUGCAUGAAGAUAGAGGCAAGGGACCAGUAGGCAGAGGAAGGGGGCAGGGUAGACUGGAUGAUGGCCGUGGCAGAGGGCACGGAGAUGGCCGUGGCUGGGGAAUGGGCCGUGGCAGGGGGAUGGGUGGCCGAGGGAUGGGCAGGAUGGAUGGUGGCCGCGGAAUGGGAAGGAUGGAUGGUGGCUGGGGAAUGGGCAGGAUGGAUGACGGCCGUGGUAGGGGAAUGGGCAGGAUGGACGAUGGCCGUGGCAGAGGAUAUAUUUACAGAGGCAGAGGUCAGGCUAGACAGGCAUCUAUCCGUGGCAGGGGGAUGUUCAGGAGAGCAGGCAGCAGGGAGAGGAUGCCAGAUAGGCGGUCAGGCAGCAGGGAGAGGAUGCCAGAUGGACAGUCAGGCAGCCGAGAGAGGGGACUGGUUGGACGGUCAGAUAGCCAUGAGAGGGUUAUGUCUAGCCGAGACAGAGAGCUAGCUGGGCGGACUGGCAGCCGGGACAGGGGACGGGCAGGUAGCCGGGAAAGAGGCCCUAUCCGGCGGGCGGGUAGUCGGGAGAGGGAGCCCAUCCGGCGGGCGGGUAGUCGGGAGAGGGAGCCCAUCCGGCGGGCGGGUAGUCGGGAGAGGGGCCCUGUUAGGCGGGCGGGUAGUCGGGAGAGGGGCCCCGUUAGGCGGGCGGGUAGUCGGGAGAGGGGCCCUGUUAGACGGGCGGGUAGUCGGGAGAGGGGCCCCAUUAGGCGGGCGGAUAGUCGAGAGAGGGAAGCAGGUAGGUCUGAAACAGGCAGUACAGAUAAACCAAUUCACCUAGGAGACGAUUCAGACAAAUUGCCUCCAUACCAUCGAGAUGAGACACUCAGGGGUCCUUGGAGUCAUGAAGAUGAGAGAAUGCAGGAGGAAUUUCCUUUAGAUAGUCGAGAUGCCCCUCCUUUGGAGCAUGAACGAUUAGAUGACUGGGAAAGAGAGCGAUACUGGAGAGAGCACGACUCUGAUUAUCAUGAUGAUUCUGUAGAUCCCUAUGAUAGAGAUGACAGGUUACCAUCCCACCAUUCAUUGCCACCACUGUCUCCUCUACCGCCACUACCUCCUUUAUCAUCCGAUCAUGACAGACGAGAUUCGUGGUGGGAUGACUGGGAAAGGCCAAGGGAACGGGAACUAGAUAGAGAUCUGGACAGGACUGGAAGAUCCUCAGAUAUUUAUGAUCAAGAUUUAGACAGAGAAUGGGAUAGAGACUGGGACAUGAGACCUAUGGAUGAUAGAGAAAUGGGGAACCGUGACCUGGAUAUCCCUCCUCUGCCACCUCUGCCACCUCUUCCACCUCUGGACAGGUACCGUGAAGAUAGGUGGAGGGAGGAUAGGGACAGGGAUCAUUAUGACAGAGACCUCCGAGAUAGGGGAGAGCUAAGGAUUCGAGAGUAUCCAGAGAGAUAUGACACAUGGCGGGAGAAGCAAGACUACCUUCCAGAAAGGACUGAUUGGGAGAGGGAACGAUUGUCUGAUAGAUGGUAUCCAGAUGACGUAGACAGACUACGACCUUUGGAGGAUCAGCUAGAGUCAUCCCUUCCUCCACCUUCACAUUCCUCUGAUAUGCUGGGAACAGAUUCAAACCUGGACUCUGAACAGUCACUGGGGGGAGUGAUGGUCCUUAGCCAAAGACAGCAUGAGAUAAUUCUGAAGGCUGCCCAGGAGCUCAAAAUGCUUCGAGAGCAAAAAGAACAGCUACAGAAGCUGAAAGAGUUUGAUCCUGACAUUUCAACACAGGACUCUCCUCGAUCACAGAACACAAGCACAAGGCCAGGUGUCUUUCAGGUUUCUUCUCAGCUAUCUUCAGAGGCACCAGUAGAAGCCCAAGCUAUUAAACCUUCUCCUGCUGUUAUUAUAAAGCCUCCCGUGUUGUUCAGACAGCCCACCCCUGUGACAAGACCAACUGCCCCACUGACAAGGCCAACUACACCUAUGACAAGGCCACAUACUCCAGUUUCUACUCCAGCUACAACCCCAAGUCAUGGUCAGUCUUUAAAACCAUCACCUUCUGCUGUGGAACAGGAACGCUGGGAUGAGGAUUCCUUCCAUGGACUCUGGGACACAAAUGAGGAUAAAGGAACAAAUAUGGAGUAUGAAUUAUGUAAGCAAGAAUCAAUGCUGCCUCCACCAGUAUCCUCUCCUGUGAAAGUACCUGCUGUUCACACCUCUGUUCCAUCAGGUGUACCAGUAUCACUUCCUCCAGUUAUUCCACCAGUUGCUAAAGCACCUAUAAUUCAGCAAACCGUGGAUUAUGGCCACGGGCGGGAUAUAACCACCAGUAAAGUGGAACAGAUUCCAUAUGGGGAAAGGGUAACUCUGCGUCCAGAACCUCUACCGGAGAGGCAAACAUUUCAAAAAGAGCACCCCAGCCAGCGUGAUCGUUACAACAGAGAAAGGGAUCGUGAGCCAUAUUUUGAGCGUCAAGGUAAUUCAAACACAGAUCACCGGGAUUUCAAGAGAGAGCGGGAAUUGCACAGAGACCGUGGUUCUGUGGAUUAUGAACGAGAGAGAUUUGAAAAAGAGCGUCAUCCCCGAGACGAUAGGGUUCUUCCUACUACACCUACGAGGACUCAGUCUUACCGUGACAAGAAAGAUCAUCCCUCCUCCAGGCGAGGCGGUUUUGAAAGACCACCAUACGAACGAAAGACAGAUCGUCCAGCGUAUGAUCACGGGCCUUCCAUGUUUGGAGGUGAUCGUAGAAAUUACCCUGAGGAAAGGAUUCCUAUUUCUGCUCCAUCAAUGCCCCGUCAGCCACCACCUGCUCCACGAGUGGAAAGGAAGCCAGAAUCUAAAAAUGUAGAUGAUAUUUUGAAGCCACCAGGACGAGAUAGCAGGCCAGAGAGAAUUGUAAUCAUCAUGAGAGGAUUGCCUGGCAGUGGAAAAACACAUGUAGCAAAACUCAUCAGGGAUAAGGAAGUAGAGUGUGGAGGACCGGCACCAAGAGUGCUCAGCCUGGAUGACUAUUUCAUCACUGAAGUAGAAAAAGAAGAGAGAGACCCAGAUACAGGGAAAAAAGUGAAAAAGAAGGUGAUGGAGUAUGAGUAUGAAGCUGACAUGGAAGAGACCUAUCGUACCAGUAUGUUUAAAACUUUCAAAAAGACCUUGGAUGAUGGCUUUUUCCCCUUCAUUAUCCUUGACGCUAUCAAUGACAGAGUGCGACAUUUUGAGCAGUUUUGGAGUGCAGCAAAAACCAAGGGCUUUGAGGUGUACUUAGCUGAAAUGAGUGCAGAUAACCAGACCUGUACCAAGAGGAAUAUUCAUGGACGCAAGCUAAAGGAAAUCAGCAGGAUGUCUGAUCACUGGGAGGCAGCACCACGUCACAUGAUGCGCCUGGACAUUCGUUCUCUACUGCAAGAUGCUGCUAUUGAAGAGGUGGAGAUGGAGGAUUUUGAUGCAAAUAUUGAAGACCAGAAAGAAGAAGCCAAGAAGGAUACAACAGAGGAAGAAGAGAGUGAACUGGGUUACAUUCCGAAAAGCAAAUGGGAGAUGGACACUUCUGAGGCAAAGCUAGCAAAAAACUCAUCUCCGAACUGAACUUCUUUGAAUACAUACUUUUGAACACCCUCUUCUGCUAUCCAGAAAAUAUGCUGCCUUAUAUUUGAUUGUUUCAGAGGCCUUUUGUGGGCAAAUUUAAUUAUGUCAAUGACUUCUGAACCAAUGUUACUGUCGUCAGUGGAAAUGGCUUACAGAAUGUACCUAAUAAGCUUAGUAUUUCCUCUGCAUAUACUUAAUUGUUGGUUUUUAAAGUAGCAGUAUACAUCAACAAAAGAAGUACUAGAAUUUAUUCUGAAUUGUAAAGCUGGUUUUCAUUUUCAUGCCUUAUUGUUCUUAAUCUUAUGAUGAAUAAUUACUUCAUCUCAUUAACAUAAAGCAGUUUGCCACCUAAUUUCAAGAACGUAUUGUUUCUUCACUGAAAAUAAGUGUGCAAAGAGGAACAAAAUUUUAGAACCUAGGAAUGGAAUUGUUUCUCCUCAUGCUUUAUUGGUUCAAUAAGCAAAAGAAGAAAAUGACGACUGUUGGACAAACUUCUGAAAUAUUUGUGACUGACCUCUGGCAUCAUGAAAUGAAAGAUUCUGAGAUUUUUUUCCAGUUCUGGAGGAUAUUUUGGUGUGUUUUUCCUGAGGGGCAGGGAGGAAGAGAAGAUGGGGGAAUAAAUGGAGGUCAGGGUGGGGGCGGGGGUUAUGAAGCAGAAGCAGUGUCUCAAAAACUGGUCUUCGAUGCAUUUAACUACAUGAUCGUCAUUUAUUCCCUGAUAUUACGUAUAUGUUACGUUUGACACAAUAUUAAACCCAAAAUUUGGGGAAGAAAUGCUACUGCAUUAAUAUUGUGUUAAAGUACGGAACAGCUGGAUCUGUGGUUCUUUAAACAGCUUUUGGUAGCUGUAUUGUACCUGUUGAGGAUGGACUCCAUAUGGUAUGAACAUCCAGAAAAGCAAGCUUUUCUCCCUCAUACAAAUAGCAAGAUGAAGUGUUAUGCCACUGAGUUAAUGUGAAAGAUCAAUAAAACUUGAAAAUGGU